AACAAUUUUUUAAGUAGAUUUAUUUAAAUUCCUUCCAUUUUAAUAGUAUUGGUUAAAUUUGUUAACAACAGAAAAGAAAACUAAAAGAAUGUGUUUGUUACCACAUAACGCCAGCCAUGGAGUUGCCUCUGCUUUGUAUAUAUACUUAUGAAGCUAACUAAAAUAGAAUAAGAAAAAUUUCAGAGAUUUAGCUCUGCGAUAAUGGAGAAGAAUACCUAUGGGUCAUUCAAACUUAUGAUUAUACUUUCAUUUCUUUCAUAUUCCUUUGUCGGAUCAGACUGUGCAACAAUAAAUAUCCAAUAUGCAUCAGCUUUGGGAGAUCCCGGGAUGAAAAAUGAUAGCUUAAGGGUAGCUAUAGAAUCAUGGAACCAAUGCAACGAGGUUGGUGAAGAAGCUAAGAACAUGGGAAGCCCACGAAUGGCAGAUUGCUUUGAUCUCGAUUACUCUAGCUUGCCCGUGAAGAUCAACCACAAAGUUGACGAAGUAGACAAUAGACUCGGUGUACAGAACGGAACAUACGGAGGCAUAAACGCCGGAGAAAGCGCAGAUAUCUACGCUGCUCAAAAGGAGAUAUACUUAGGAAACAAAUGUCAAGUCAUAGACGACCCAAACCCAUGGCAGUUUUGGAUGAUAAUGCUGAAGAACGGUAACACAGAUACUUUAGCUGCGAUUUGUCCGGAAAACGGCAAAAAGGCGAAACCUUUUCCUCCUACGGGAAGGUUUCCAUGUUUUGGAAAAGGAUGUAUGAACAUGCCAUCGAUGCAUCACAAGUACACAAGCAUUGUGGAUCAAGAAGGGCUUAUGAGUGGGAGUUUUUAUGGGACUUGGGAUUUGGAUACUGACCAAGAAGAUGAUUCCGUGGUUGGUAAUAACUCGUACUAUAAGGUGAAAUGGGAGAAGAAAGUUGGUGGUAAUGAGAGUUGGGUGUUUCAUCAUUUGUUGAAGACUUCUUCUAAGUAUCCAUGGUUGAUGCUUUAUCUACGAGCUGACGCUUCUCGUGGCUUCUCCGGUGGGUAUCAUUACGAUACUAGAGGAAUGAUGAAGAUGACGCUGAAAUCGCCGGACUUCAAGGUUAGAUUCAAGCUAGAGAUUCUAAAAGGUGGCGGUUCAGGGAGCCAGUUCUAUCUAAUGGACAUGGGAAGCUGCUGGAAAAACGACGGUAGCGAAUGCGACGGUGACGUCACAAGCGACGUCACUAGGUACAGCGAGAUGAUAAUCAACCCCCAGUCAACGGCCGUUUGCAGCCCCAACCGGCUAGGCGCUUGUCCACCGCAGCACGCGUUUCCAAACGGGACUAAAGUUCACAGGACGGACAAGGAGAGGUUCCCUUACGAAGCGUAUCACUACUACUGCGUUCCUGGAAACGCGCGUUUCGCGGAAGCUCCGUACGAUGUUUGCGACCCGUACAGUAAUCCACAGCCGCAGGAGAUUCUGCAGAUCUUGCCUCAUCCUGUGUGGGAAGAGUUUGGGUAUCCGACAAAGAAAGGACAAGGCUGGAUUGGAGAUCCGAGAACUUGGGAACUUGAUGUCGGAAAACUCUCUCAGUCACUUCACUUUUACCAGGAUCCAGGGACAGAACCGGUGAAAAGACACUGGUCGUCAAUAGAUUUAGGAACUGAAAUAUAUAUGAGCAAGAACCAAAUUGCAGAAUGGACUGUAUCUGAUUUCGACAUUGUUGUACCAAAGACCGGUAUUCAAGUGGAAUAGUGUAAUUUUUUCUUUUAAAUGCUUAUAGAAGACAUAUGUCAAUGAACUCAUCAAGAAUCUUGAUUGUUAAUAUCA